CAUCGUACGCAGACUACCGCCACCUUCUCCCCGGUCCCCACUUUCCCAUCCCCAUUUAUCCGCUGUCCAUUCGUCCGCUCUCAGACGAACCAAGGACUAAUUUCUGAGAAAUUGUGAGGACACUACAAUGAAAUCCCAUUAUUGGAUGAUUUUCCAUGUCGGUCCUUUUCUUCUUUUCCUCGUGCCGGGAGGUAUGUCAUCCGAAGCGGAGCACAAGCUGUUCUCUGUCAUCUUCUCCAAGUACAACCAGUACAUCCGACCGGUAGCCAACGUCUCCGAUCCGGUCAUUGUGCAGUUUGAGGUGUCCAUGUCCCAACUGGUGAAAGUGGAUGAAGUGAAUCAGAUCAUGGAGACCAAUUUGUGGCUGAGGCAUAUUUGGAAUGACUACAAACUUAGGUGGGAUCCCAAGGAGUUUGGAGGGGUGGAGUUCAUCCGAGUGCCUUCAAACCGAAUCUGGAAACCGGAUAUUGUUCUCUACAAUAAUGCAGUGGGGGACUUCCAGGUGGAUGACAAGACCAAAGCUUUGCUACGCUACAAUGGUGAUGUGACCUGGAUCCCACCUGCCAUCUUUAAGAGUUCUUGCAAGAUCGACGUCACCUACUUCCCCUUCGACUACCAGAACUGCACCAUGAAGUUUGGCUCCUGGACGUACGACAAGGCCAAGAUUGACCUGGUCCUGAUUGGGUCCACCAUCAACCUUAAGGACUUCUGGGAGAGCGGGGAGUGGGUGAUCAUCGAUGCCCCAGGCUACAAGCAUGACAUCAAGUACAACUGCUGCGAGGAGAUCUACCCAGACAUCACCUACUCGCUCUACAUCCGCCGUCUCCCGCUCUUCUACACCAUCAACAUGAUCAUCCCCUGCCUGCUCAUCUCCUUCCUGACCGUGCUGGUCUUCUACCUGCCCUCGGACUGUGGCGAGAAGGUCACCCUGUGCAUCUCGGUCCUCCUCUCACUGACCGUGUUCCUGCUGGUCAUCACCGAGACCAUCCCCUCCACCUCCCUGGUAAUUCCGCUCAUUGGCGAGUACCUGCUCUUCACCAUGAUCUUCGUCACGCUCUCCAUCGUCAUCACCGUCUUCGUGCUCAACGUGCACUACCGCACUCCCAAGACGCACACCAUGCCCCGCUGGGUCCGCGGCAUCUUCCUGGGCUUCCUCCCAAAGGUGAUGUUCAUGACCCGGCCCGAGAGGGACCCCGCCAAGCUGGCCUCCUCUGCCCAGUUCCUGCCUCCCCCGCCCUGCGCCCUGCACACCGCCGGCUCCCUCCAGCCCCAGAAGCAGAAGAACCUGAACUCUGGCCUCCACCCGCGGCAGUGCCUGCUGAUCAGCACCGAGCUCUCCAACCUCAACAAUCUCAGCGGGGACCCUGCCAAGGCCGGCACCGGCUUCCUGUGCCGGGAGGGCCGCUGCAACUGCUGCUGGCGCCAGAGGACCACCAAACUGCCAGUGGAUGGCGGCGGUGGAGGGACCAUCGCUGGAGCAGGAGGAGGAGGAGGAUGUGGUGGUGGUGAAGGAAGUCCUUGCUCCAGUUCAGAGUCCUUGGAUGGAGGGAUCUUGACCCUCACUGCCCUCUCACCAGAGGUGAGGGAGGCCAUUGAGAGUGUGAAGUACAUCGCAGAGAACAUGAGGCUGCAGAAUGAGGCUAAGGAGGUGCAGGAUGACUGGAAGUAUGUCGCCAUGGUGAUUGACAGGAUCUUCUUGUGGGUGUUCAUUUUGGUGUGCAUACUGGGAACUGCCGGGCUGUUCCUCCAGCCCCUCCUGCUGGGAGAGGAUGUAUAACGCACUCUGACUGCAUAUUAACUACGAUCCGAUCACCCAAAUCAUUAGGAUUUAGAAUAAUUUGGAGGGGCUGUGAAGAGAAAAACCGGACCUGACAGCUCUCCAAAAUUUUGUUAACAGGCUGGCUUUGCUGUAGAGGUGAGCUGCAAUCAACUGUUCAGUGUCAUGUGAGUGGACAUGCGUUAUCUAGGAUGCUGAAUUGAUGUGGUGAGCUUUUUAGCAUUCUGAUGUUCAAGAAAGAAACAUCUACAAUUUCACUGUACUAUAUUGUAUCUGUAAAUAGAUUUUUACACUGAUCCCCCCUCCACUGAAGUUCCAGUCCCUUUACUCAAGCAAGAAUAGAAACUCUGUACCUGAGUUAUCUUAUUUUAUUUAUUUUUUAAAUCCGAGCCCAGUCCUAAAUGCUUGUGAUGUCAAAGUCAACAUUUCUCUGUGUAAAUGGCCCAUUGGCAUAACCCCCUCCCCCCAACCACCUCUGCCCUGAAAAAAA